AUGGACCCCGACGGCGACCCGGCGUUCCACCGCAACGAGGCCAUCUCCGCGGUCCAGGACGUCGACCAGUACUACGGCGACGACGACGACUUCGACGACCUCUACAACGACGUCAACGUCGGGGACGGCUUCCUCCACGCCUCCCACCAGGCGCCGCCGCCGCAGCCUCCGAAUCAGCAGGCCCCUCCGCCGCAGCAGCACCAGCUCCCUCCGCCGCCCCAGCAGCCGCCGCAGCAGCAGCUGCAUCCGCCGGCCCACACCCUCCCACCACCGCUGCCGCAGGUCCCACCGCCGCAGCAGCAGGUACGCAUCCCGGGGGUGGCCGUCCCUGCUCCUGGCAUACCUCCCGCCCAGAACAACCUCCCUCCGCCGCCUCAGCCGCCGGCCGCGCCCGCGCCGCCGCCGCCUCAGCACCACCAGAUUCAGCAAGGAGAUGGGAUCAACCGCCCUGGAGGUAACUUCGCCGGCGGCCCCAUCGUGGUCGGGAACGGUGGCCCUGCUGGUGGGGGUGACGGCCCUGGCGGCACGACGCUGUUCGUGGGGGAACUCCACUGGUGGACGACGGACGCGGAUCUGGAAUCUGAGCUCAGCAAGUAUGGUCCGGUCAAGGAGGUGAGGUUCUUCGACGAGAAGGCCAGUGGCAAGUCCAAGGGCUACUGCCAGGUCGAUUUCUAUGACCCUGGUGCAGCUGCUGCCUGCAAGGAGGGCAUGAACGGGCACGCGUUUAAUGGCCGUCCAUGUAUUGUGGCAUUCGCCACACCGAACUCCGUUCGUCGCAUGGGCGAGGCACAGGUGAAGAGCCAGCAGGCUAUGGCUGCACAGACAUCGAAUAUGCAGCCGAAGGGUGGUAGAGGGGGCGGUGGUGCCGCAGGGCCACAGGUGGGUGGUAAUUAUGGUGGAGGCCGUGGAGGAACUGGUGGACCUGGUGCCGGUGGUGGGGCAGGUGGAGGCGGUGGAAAUUGGGGAAGAGGUGGUGGAGGCAUGGGGAAUAGAGGCCCUGUUGGUAAUAUGAGGAAUAGGAUGGGCCCAGCUGGUGGCGGCCGUGGGAUAAUGGGGAAUGGGGGGAUGGUUGCACCGCCACCACCAAUGAUGCCGCCGGGUGGAAUGCUGGGGCAGGGUUUUGAUCCUGCUGGUUACGGUGCUAUGGGAAGGAUGGGUGGUGGAUUUGGCGGUUUUCCUGGUGGACCAGGGGCUAUGCCAUUCCCUGGGCUGAUGCAACCAUUCCCGCCGGUUGUUGCUCCACAUGUUAACCCAGCUUUCUUUGGUCGGGGUGGAAUGGGUGCCGGUGGAAUGUGGCCUGAUCCCAACAUGGGAGCCUGGGGUGGGGAGGAACAAUCAAGUUACGGGGAUGACGCAGCUUCUGAUCAGCAGUAUGGAGAAGGAGGGAGCCAUGGGAAAGAGAGGCCACCAGAGAGGGAGUGGUCUGGUGCACCAGAGAGGAGGCGUGAAAGGGAGAAGGAUGCGCCGCCUGCACAGGAGUGGCCAGAGAGGAGGCACCGGGAUGAGCGUGACAUGGACCGAGAGAGGAAUCGUGACUAUGACAGGGACAGGGAAAGAGACCGUGACAGGGAAAGAGACCGAGACCGAGACAGGGAGAGGGACAGAGAUAGGGAGAGAGAGAGGGAGAGGGAGAGAGAGAGGCAUAGGGAUGACAGAGAUCGCUAUGGCGAUUAUCACAGGCACAGGGAUCGUGAUUCAGAACGUAAUGAGGACUGGGACAGGGGGAGGUCUUCUGGGAUACGCAGCAGGUCAAGGGAGGCUGACCACUCUAAGCGCAGGCGGAUGACACCUCAGUAG